ACAAUUACUGAUUUGGAGCCCCCUUCUCCACCACAGGCAAAGAGAAGACGAGGUCGAACCCCAACACCGGGAAGGUACCUUGGCAGCAAAUCAUCGCGUCGAAGGAGGUAUUCCCGAAGCAGGUCACCUGUUAGGAGAGACCGUUACGGCUCACGCUACCCGCCCGAGCUAGAACGUUCUUAUUCUCCUUAUCGCAGAGGACGAUCAUACUCUCGUCAUGACAGGCAUAGAUCAUACUCCCCCUAUGGAAGGAGGCCAUCCUACUCCCCCUAUGAAAGGAGGCCAUCCUACUCUCCCUAUGGCAGAAGGAGAUCAUACUCUCCUUCCGACAGGUCGGAGUCUCCCUACCACAGGCGUAGAUCCUACUCACCCUACGACAGGCGUCACUCACCCCGCUAUGGUCAUCGCCACCGUUCAAGAUCCCCAUACAGUUACAGAAGGCGGAGGUCAUGCUCCCAUGACCGUUAUGUUUCAGCAUACUACAGCAGGCGCUAUUCUCCAAGGAACAGAAGACGGAGUUACUCUCGCAGCGUAUCACCACGCAGGAGCUACUCCCGUAGCUGCUCCCUGGCGUCAGAAGAAUCAAGGAGCUGUUCUCCGCAGAAAGGAUAUGCUGAAAGCAAGGCAUCGCGCAGCAGGUCACCUGCGAUUGCGAAGAGGCGUUCUAGAGAAAGCUAUGCGCACAGCCGCAGUUCAUGCUCGAGGUCCGUCUCCAGGGAGCGCUCAACCUCAUCAAGCACCUGAUGGUUUACAAAGUGCCUUGAUGACUUUGGAUGUUUGUAAACAAUGUGGAUGGUAUGAUCGUGUACCUAGUGAAGCAGCUGUAUUUCGUCAUCGUUAACAUCUUAAAUUGCAGUCUGCUUCCAUACUAUAGGAGAAAAAUGCAGAAAAUUUCCUACAGAUUGCCUAUUCCACAAGGAUUUUAUAGCAUACUUCUACAACGGAAAAAACGCAGAAAUUUUCAUAAA